AUUACAGAAGUCAGAGCAGCUGGGAGACGGGCGUGGCCUCCAUCACACAAAACAAUCACAGUGGAGUAAACCAGCUUGGAGGUGUGUUUGUGAAUGGGAGACCUCUACCUGACUCUACCAGGCAAAAGAUAGUGGAGCUGGCCCACAGUGGAGCUCGGCCGUGUGACAUAUCCAGAAUACUUCAGGUGUCAAACGGCUGCGUCAGUAAGAUCCUGGGUCGAUAUUAUGAGACGGGCUCGAUCCGACCCCGAGCCAUAGGAGGGAGCAAACCCAGAGUGGCAACUCCAGAGGUGGUGGGGAAGAUCGCUCUGUACAAGAGAGAGUGUCCGUCCAUCUUCGCCUGGGAGAUUAGAGACCGACUCCUGGCUGAGGGAGUCUGCACGAACGACAACAUACCCAGUGUUUCCUCUGUAAACAGAGUUCUCAGAAAUUUGGCCACAGACAAGCAACAAAUGGGCACGAUUGGAUCUGAAGAGAUGUUUGACAAACUUAAGCUGCUCAACGUACAAACCGCAUGGGGAGGACGAUCAGGGUGGUACACCAGGACUACAAUCUCCAGCAAUGACUGUCCUCAGACAGUGGGAGGGGAGAACAACAUAUCACUUGGUUCCACCGGCGAUGACUCAGAAGAGACUCAGAUGAGGCUACAGCUGAAAAGGAAACUGCAGAGGAACAGAACGUCUUUCACACAGGACCAAAUAGAAGCACUUGAGAAAGAAUUUGAAAGAACUCACUAUCCAGAUGUUUUUGCUCGUGAACGUCUAGCUAACAAAAUAGAUCUUCCUGAAGCAAGAAUACAGGUCUGGUUUUCAAACAGACGGGCAAAGUGGAGAAGAGAAGAGAAGUUAAGGAAUCAGCGUCGCCAGCUGUCCAACUCCUCCAGUCACAUUCCUAUCUGCAGCAGCUUCAGCACCACAGCCUGCCAGUCUCUACCACAACUGACCACACCAGUGUCCUUUCCUUCAGGAUCCAUUUUGGCAAGAUCCGAUCCAGUUUUAUCCAACAGCUAUGGCCUACCAGCAGUGCCCAGCUUCAGCAUGGCGCCCAGCCUGCCCAUGCAAGCGCCAAACCAGACUUCCUAUUCCUGCAUGUUGCCCAACAGCUCCACUGUAAAUGGUCGAAGUUAUGACACAUACACUCCUCCACAUAUGCAGCCAAACUUCAGCAGCCAGACAGUGCCGCCCUCUGCAACAUCAUCAACAGGUCUUAUUUCCCCCGGUGUCUCAGUUCCAGUCCAAGUUCCAGGAAGUGAAUCAGAAAUGUCACAGUAUUGGCCACGCCUGCAGUGAUGCCACUACACCCCCCACUCCCACCCUUCCUUCAGGGACUUCAGAACCAGGAGCUACCCACCGCUACAGUUUGAAUGUCAAAAAGGACCAGACAUUAGAAAAAAUGACUCGCCUCAAAAGACACGGAUGGGCAAUGACUUUUUUUUUAGUUUGUGACAAAUCUUCACGGACUCUAAAUGUUUAUGGAAAAUAAAAGAUUUAAACCUUCAUAUAAACCAGAACAAGUUCAGGAGCUUGAUCAAGUGUCAUUGUGUUCAUUGGCUGCCAUGUAAAUUUGGGUGGAUGAAGAGAAUUUGGCAGAGCUCCCCUUUUGUUUGGCAGUUUUUAACAGAUUGGUGUUCCUUGUGACAAAAUAAAAUUUUGACAUAAAUGUAAAAAAAAAAUACCUCAGUGAAACUUGAAAUGUACAUUGUUUUUUUCCCCUUUAGAUUCCAAAAGCCUUUGUUUAAUUUAAUGUACAGAAUUUCAAAAUUAUUGUUAUAAAUGUUUGAAGUUGUAAACUA